AGUCUACUGCUUUGUUCAUCUGAGCAUUCAGGAGUUUCUGGCUGCAGUCUACAUGUUGCACUGUUACACCAACAGAGACACAGCGGUACUGAAGGACUUCCUGAAGAAAGACUGGCCCUAUAAGAACAGUAAAAACAGUGAUCAGGAGUACCCAUCCCUGGAUGUCUUUCUAAAAGGAGUCAUGGCCAAAUCCCUCAGAAGCAGAAAUGGCCACCUGGACCUGUUUGUCCGCUUUCUCCACGGCCUCUCUCUGGAGUCCAACCAGUUAGGAGGCCUGCUGGGUCGCACAGACAACCGUCCAGAAAUCAUCCAGAGAGCCAUCAGCAACCUGAAGAAGAUGAGAAGUGAUAACAUCUCUCCUGACAGGAGCAUCAACAUCUUCCACUGUCUGACAGAGAUGAAGGACCACUCAGUACAUCAGGAGAUCACAGAGUUCCUGAAGUCAGAGAACAGAUCAAAGGAGAGACUCUCUGAGAUCCACUGCUCUGCUCUCGCCGACAUGCUGCAGAUGUCAGAGGAGGUUCUGGAUGAGUUUGACCUGAAGAAGUACAAAACAUCACAGGAGGGGAAACGGAGACUGAUUCCAGCUGUGAGGAACUGCAGGAAGGCCAAACUUACUGACUGUAAACUCUCAGAGGCUGACUGUGAAGUCGUGGCCUCAGCUCUGAAGUCUGACCCCUCCCAUCUGAGAGAUCUGGACCUGAGUGAGAACCGAGAGAUGAAGGAUUCAGGAGUGGAGCUAGAUCUGGACCUGAGUCUCAACCACAAUCUGAAGGAUUCAGGAGUGAAGCUGCUGAGAGAUCUUCUGGAGAGUCCAGACUGCAGACUGGAGACUCUCAGACUGGAGAGCUCCAGUUUGUCAGAGGUCAGCUCUGCUCUGGCCUCAGCUCUGAAGUCUGAACCCUCCAGUCUGAGAGAUCUGGACCUGAGUCAGAACAAGCUGAAGGAUUCAGAAGUGAAGCUGCUGAGAGAUCUUCUGGAGAGUCCAGACUGCAGACUGGAGACCCUCAGGAUCGAUGGAGAGACGAUCAGAUCCACGAUCCAGAAGACCUGUCCGGGGGGGUUACCUGCUGACCCGUGUCCGUCUCCACAAGUGUCCGCAGGCAUCCCAUAAUACUGCGUUUGGGGGGAAGACGUUCUGUAAUCAAAGCUGUCUCUGAAGCGCUCUCAAAGUCUUUGAGGACAAAGUCAGAAAAAGGACAAGAAGAAGAGAUAUUUUGAAUCUCUUGGACUUCUUUGUGUUUAUCACCCCGGGUUAAUUAAUGUCCGAUCAAAUGUUCCCAUUGGUUUCUAAAAGGAGCUCUGCCUGGGUUGAAAUGGUGGUGUUUAGGUUGAUGUGCAUGUAGUCUGUAUGAAGUGUAAUCAGAUAUAACCUUUCAGAUGUGAUAUCUCUCAAAGGAAGUAUAGCUGUGCAGAGAGUGGAUUCAGAUCCUGUCUGUUGACAGAUAUAAAUGAUAUCUUCUGGAAAUAUCCAGCAGCUCCACAGCGAGAGAAGACAGAUCAAACUCAACAUCACUCAUCGGGCAUCAGAGACCUCAAAGGGGUCGAGCGCCUGCCCUUUUGCCUCCUGUUAGAGAAGAGCCCUUUUCCAAUGCUUUUUUACAUUACCCUUCAUGAAACUAAAGAAUAAACCUGUGUCUCAAACUCCUUAUCUAAAGCUCAUGUUGCUUUGUAUGAUUGUGUGGCUUGGUAUGAUAUGAGAUGUGAAUUAAA